AAACCUCCACCAAAGCUGGUGUUUUUUUUUUGGCACGCACAAAAGUCUUUCGUUGCAUUCGCUGCAUUCUUUCACCAAGCGCCCACGUCGUCUCACUUCCCCCGGCCCCCUCGCAGAAAACCUCUCUCUAAUCAAUCACCCAUCUAUCCCCCGCCUCCGCCGAUCGACCCUAUACGCAAUUCUCGAUGGCUCCUACAAGAGUAUCCGCCCACAGGAUAGGUUCAUUACUCUUCUGCCCCGCAUGCGGCACGCUUUUAGAUCUGCCCAAGGAUGAUCAGAAUGAGAUUGCAUGUAGUCAGUGCGGAAGGCUGGAGCCUGCUUCUUCCUAUGAAAACUUGCCGACCAAGACGUAUUCUUCGCCCAAUGCUUUCCCAAGCAGUCUGAGAUCAAAGAGGGCGUUGGUGCAGAAUAAACUUGAUGCUGGAGAGGCUGCCAAGGGAAGAGAUCCUGUUGCUCAAGAAAAAUGUCAAAAGUGUGGUCAUAUCGGGCUUAGUUACAAGGAGAUGCAGCUUCGGUCUGCAGAUGAAGGAAGUACAAUCUUUUACAAGUGUCUCAACUGUGGAGAUCAAACGUCCACCAAUAACUAGUUUUUCCAAAAAUCCCAUUGCGGGUUUGCGGGUGGCCAGACUUGCUCCAGAUUCUUUAGAAAUGACUUGUCCAUGAUUGUAGUUUUCCAUGUUAUAAUCCAUGCAUUUAUGAUAC